AUGGCUGUUCGAAUGUUACUCGUCAUUAACAAAUCCGGUGGUCUCAUAUACCAUCGCUCCUUUGAAGGCGACGUGGACAAAGGGCUGAACAGCAACGACUACCUUAUUCUAGCGAGUAUAUUGCACGGAUCCUUCGCCAUUGCCACGCAGUUAACACCAAAGGCACUGCAACUAUCACAGUCCUCAUCAAAAAAUAUCGAUUACACCGUACCAUAUAUCCCGUAUGUCGGAAUGCCCCGAGGUCGUACUAGCAGUGAAAGGAGUAAAUACGGUGCUUCUGCCCCACAGGGUAAGCUAGGCAGUUUCAAAGGUGAUGACUUCUUUAAGGAAUCGUUUCAAAGUUGGAAUCGUUCUGGUGUUAGACAGCUCUGUACCGAUCAAUUCACAAUGUACAUAUACCAAACCAUGACCGGGCUCAAAUUCGUUGUAGCAUGCUCACAAGGUACACUUUCGCCAGCAAAUCCCAGCAGCAGUAAUAAUAUUUUUAACAUUCAUGUCGCAGACAACUUUUUAAGAAAAAUCUACUGUCUUUACAGCGACUACGUGAUGAAAGAUCCUUUCUAUUCGCUAGAAAUGCCUAUAAAAUCUACUCUAUUUGACAAGAAAGUUAAGCAAAUGGUAGAUAAUUUGGUUUAG